AACGAGUGGGUGGAGUCACGAAAAGAUCAUUGACACCAGCUGCAGAUCAGUAACUUCCACAGGCGAGAUCACUCACUACAGUACCGACCACAAUCUCAGACUCAGGGGCGAGACAACAGGACAAUCAUCAUCAUGACCAGGUGUCUGAUCAGCCAUUUGGAGGUGCAAGGCUUCAUUGAGCGAUGCAUGACGGCCGUGGGCACCAAGGCACACCAUGCUCACAGCCUGGCAGAGGUGCUGGUGGAAGGAGACCACAGAGGCCACUACAGCCACGGACUUAACAGAAUGGACAUGUACGUGAAGGACAUUCAGAUGGGAAUCUGUGCCAAGGACGGUGAGCCGGAGGUGGAGAAGGAGAGUGUAGCCACGGCACUGGUUGAUGGGAAGAACCUCCUGGGUCCAGUGGUGGGAAACUUCUGUAUGAAUCUGGCUAUUAAGAAGGCCAAAGAAGUUGGCAUUGGUUGGGUGGUGGCACACGGUUCCAAUCAUUAUGGUAUUGCUGGAUACUACUCCAUGCAAGCUCUGAAGGAAAACAUGAUUGGCAUGUCAUUUACCAACACAUCCCCACUGGUGGUUCCCACACGUGGUAAAGCGUGCACUUUGGGCACCAACCCCAUCAGUGUGGCAGCUCCUGCUAAGGAUGGAGACAGCUUUGUUCUGGACAUGGCCACAUCAGCAGUGGCUCUUGGAAAGGUGGAGCUGCACGACCGGCGUGGAGACACCAUUCCUGAGGGCUGGGGCUGUGAUGCUGAGGGAAAGCUGACAACUGAUCCUAAGAGAGUCCUCAGUGGAGGAGGACUGUUGCCCAUCGGCGGCAGUGAAGCCACAGGAGGAUACAAAGGCUACGGUUUGGGAAUGAUGGUGGAGAUGUUCUGUGGGAUCUUGGCUGGUGCCAACUACAGCAAACAUGUCCGCACGUGGAAAGUAACAGACCAGGUUGCUAACCUGGGACAGUGCUUUGUGGCAAUCAACCCGGAGAACUUUGCUGGCGGUUUCAAUGACAGGAUGUCAGACUUGAUGUCCAUCCACAGAGGAAUGGAACCUGUUGACUCUGACAGUCCCGUUUUGGCUGCUGGAGACCCGGAGAGGACGAACAUGAAGAAGUGUGAAGAAAUGGGUGGGAUUCCCUACCACAUUAAUGUUGUCAAGUACAUGAACAACUGUGCUGAGAAAAUUGGGGUCAGCCCACUGCUGCCAUGUGAUAAGCUCGUCCCCGUGUAAUCAGUCCUGUCACACGUUCCUUGACACGGGCACUAUGGUUCAUCCUGAAGCUUCACAGACUGAGCAGGAGCAGCCUGGAGGUGCUGCUUUCUUAUUACGACAGCAUUUUAUUCAUUUUAACUAUGCACUUUUAGUUUUCAGGUUUCCAUGGUAAAAUUGUGUUCAAAUAUAACUGUAAUCCUAUGAAACGCAACAACGGAAACUAUCAAAGGUCGGGGUUUAUUUGAAAAGGUCAGGAGAUGCUUCAUCUACAAACAUCUGCAUUUAAACGGGUUUUCAAGUUGCUCUGACUUUGGUAGGGAGAGACGCACAAUCUCUGUCUCAAGUGCUUCCUAAGCAGCUUUAUGACUUUAAGAACACCUGAGCAGUGAUGCUUAACAAUGAACAGUCGGAUAGUUACCUGUUGAUAAUUGAUUUUAUUUUUCUCCAGUUUUUACACAGUGAAAUUUUGUUACUUUACAGUGUGAGUGAUCGAAAAUGAAAAGCCAUUUAAGGCAUGAAAGCAAUCGUCUGAGGGACCAUGUUUUGCUAUUUACGUUCCAGAAUCCAGAUUUUCAUUGUAUUCUACGGUCAUCAUAAAGCAUGAUUUGUGCCUCAUUAAAACAACAACAUAUCAACCAAA